ACCCCGUUCCGAACUAAAACCCCAGGAAGGGCAGAAGAAAGAAAAGAACGGCGGCGAACAGAUAGGAAGAGAGAGCCGCAGAGAGAGAAGGAGCUCGAGGAUUCGGCGAGAAGGAAAAGAUGGUGAGCACGAGGCAGAGGCUGGCCCGGAAGCGAUUCAAGGAGGCGAAUCCCCACCUCUUUCCCGAGCCCCCAAAGGACUCCUCCUCCAGUUCAAAGGAAAAGAAGAAUAAGAAGAAGUAUAAGAAUCUCAAAACCCUAAAGAUGAAGACCAUCGCCAAGAAGAAGAGUGGCUCCACUCUGAGGAAGCACCCGCUCCGAGUCUCCGGGAUGCGGCCUGGGGAGAGCUGCUUCAUCUGCAAGUCCAGUGAUCACAUCGCCAAACUCUGUCCCAAGAAAGCCCAGUGGGAAAAGAACAAGAUUUGCUUGCUUUGUCGGCAGCGUGGGCAUAGUCUUAAGAAUUGCCCAGAGAAAAAUGAUACAAAUGAGAAAAAGUUGUGUUAUAACUGUGGAGAAGCUGGGCAUUCUCUUUCGAAGUGUCCUCACCCCCUUCAAGAUGGGGGUACAAAAUAUGCCAACUGCUUUAUCUGUAAAGAACAUGGGCAUUUGAGUAAGCACUGUCCAAAAAAUACACAUGGAAUCUAUCCAAAGGGUGGUUCUUGUAAGAUAUGUGGUGAAGUAACUCAUUUUGCCAAGCAUUGUCCAAACAAAGGAAACAAAAAUUCAGCCUCUUUUGUCGGACAGCAAAGAACUUGUAAGCUCCUAGCGAAUUCUGCAUCUGGAAUGGCAGUGAAUGAUGAGUGUAAGCUCAAGUUUUUGGAGCUGAAGGCAAAGAGGAACUUCCGUUUCAUCAUCUUCAAGAUUGACGAGAAGAUACAGCAGGUCUCUGUGGAGAAGCUUGGCCAGCCCGAUGAGAGCUAUGAUGAUUUCACUGCAAGCUUGCCUGCUAAUGAAUGCCGCUAUGCUGUGUUUGAUUUUGAUUUUGUCACUGAUGAGAAUUGCCAGAAGAGCAAGAUCAUCUUCAUUUCUUGGUCUCCUGAUACAUCGAGGGUAAGGAGUAAGAUGCUAUAUGCUAGCUCCAAGGACAGAUUCAAGAGGGAACUUGAUGGCAUACAAGUUGAGCUACAAGCAACAGAUCCAAGUGAGAUGAGCCUUGAUAUUGUCAAAGGGCGAGCUUUCUGAAGAGUAGAUUGCUUACCCUCUGCUUAACUCUGUGCCAGAAGUUUCAGUAAAAUGAGUUGUUGGUCUUUAUAUUUGAUGAUAUUUAUAUGAUUUAUUCUUUAAACCAUGUCAAAAAAUGUUAUAUCUAUUCCUUUUUCUUGUCGAAGCUUUUUUAAAAAAAUGUGACUUCAUUGUGACUAAAGGCAUGUUAUUGAUGUAAAAUAGAUAUUCAGAUUAAGCAGUUGUUUGUUUUUCAUU